AUGAUUGUAGCUAUAGGAUGUCAGUCAUCUCAGCAGCAGGCGUUCUUCAUUGUUGCAUCCUCUGUCCAACCAUCUUCAACUCUUUCAUCGAUGACCUUUGCUCUAUUAGGAUCAGAUGAUCAAAAAGAUGCACCCUGCAGUGUUGCUAUUGUGGGCCAUUCAAUGGGUGGCAUUGUUGCUAGAGCACUAUUCACUUUACCAAACUUCAAACCAGCACUGAUAAGUCUUAUUAUUACCCAAGCUACACCUCAUGUUGCACCAGUCCUACCAGUGGACAGCUAUCUCAUAGACUUUUACACUACUGUGAACAAUUACUGGAUUCUCAAGGAAAAAGACUUAAGAAAUAUCACUAUUCUCUCAAUGGGCGGUGGUUUCCGUGAUUACCAAGUCCGCUCUGGUCUAACCGUUGUGCCAAGUCUGGGCCUUUACAAUAAUACUCUAAAUGUUGUGACAUCAGCAGUCCCAAGAGCAUGGCUGUCAACUGAUCACCUUUGCAUAGUUUGGUGUAAAGAACUGGUCCUGGCCACUGUUAGAGCUUUUUUUGAUCUUGUUGAUGAUCAGACCAAUCAGAUAACAUCAGAUCUAGAGAAGAGGAUAUCUGUUCUUCAUCAUCAUUUUGUCAUCUAUUCAGAAAAGCACUCUGAGGAUAAUGUUGAGUCUUCGGUCUCAUUCUCAGAUUCAUCUGCAACGUGGAGUGUAAUUAACACUUACAAUUGGACUUAUAACAGUCCAGAGUUUUCAGCAUGGGAACCCAAGGCAACAUAUUUUAUUUUACCGCUUCCAAGUGAGGGGGAACCCUACAGUAAUUUAUAUUGUCGAACUACUAACUUGGAACCAAGUAUUUGGAUCUAUGGCUGUAUGAAGAUUAACCAGUCUGUUUGCCAUGAAGGCAUUGACUUGACUGGGGAGGCAGAAUUGCUGAAAAUGUACAAGAUAGUAAACUUCAAUCUGGAUGAGUACCGGUCUUUCUCUCAUUUUAUCAUUCAUAUAUCUAAGGCUAGUGUUAAUAAGCAGUUCAGCAUAGAAUGUGAAUUCUUGAAAGCAGAGUCCAGAAUGAUGACUACCCAAGUGACAAAUAUCCUGUCUUUUGGUACCUCAAGCAACAGAAUUGUUAUAAACUCUACUGGUCUGAUUCACAAGGUGAAGCUUCAGAACUUUAACCAGAUAUACCAGGCUUUUAAAAUCCACGUAAGGAGUAAAUGCCAAUUUACCCAUGGGAAAAUGGAGGAUGUGUACAGGUUUCAUGUACCGUGGUCACAUGAAGAUUUUGUUGUGACGACAAGUGUGCCUUCUUCUACUGUGAUCUUUGCUAAACUUCACAGUGCAAGACCUGAAAAUGAUAGCUCUGUACCAGAGUUGCAACUUCACACGGCUAGAAGUUGUCGAUAUGAGAUAACCGUCAGGACUUCUUUCCUUGAAGUACUUGGGCAGCAUUCAUUACUGGCUGAGACUUCGAAACGUGAAGAUUCCCUUUCCUCAAUAAAUGAAUGUUAAUACAUUGUGGAAGAAAUGGCUUUGCAUGAAGUGAUAC